AUGGCGACGCGAAAAACUAGACAAAAAGACAAAGACAUUACCGCAGCGGUAAAUGAACUCUGCCUCUGGUUCCCGCAAACACAGCGGGUCAUCAGUCAUGGCUCACCAGACUUCCGCGUGGCCGGUAAAACGUUUGCCACCUACGUGAUCAACCACCACGGCGACGGUCACCUGGCGUUGUGGCUGAAGAUGCCUGCAGGCGCCCAGUCUCUAUACGUCGACGCUGAACCCGAGUUUUUCUACGUGCCUGCAUACGUUGGACCUAAAGGCUGGCUGGGCGUCGAUCUGGACAAAGGGAUGGACUGGGGCAGAAUCGCAGAUCUGGUGCGUCAGGCCUAUGUCCAUGUCGCGCCGCGCUCAGUCAGCGCAAAAUUACCUCAGGGCCCGGAUCUUGAACCGCCAACCGGGACCAUUGAUCCGAUCGAAUUCGACCCGCUGGUCGCACCGCACCGCAAACUGUUACUGCAGCAGAUUGCCAACCUGUGCCUUGCACUGCCUGAAACCAGCCAGGAUCGCCAAUUCGGCAACCCCUGCUUUCGCGCCGGUAAAAAGAAUUUCUGCACGGUUUAUAUGCACAAGGGACGUUUACAGUUGUCCAUCUGGGCUGGCAGCGAUGCACAAGCCAGCCUGACCUUCGACAAACGCUACCAAAUACCACCCUAUACCGGGCACAAUGGAUGGCUGAACCUGGAUAUUGAAGAAGGGCUGAUGGCCGGUGAAGCAGCAAGCUUAAUUGACCAGAGUUACCGACACUUUGCGCUACAACGCAUGCUGAAAGUACUUGAUGUCGACAGCUACAUGGCAGCACCCAGCGCUGGUGCGAUUCUGGCGGACCUGGGCGCCAACGUAAUCAAGGUUGAGCCACUCACCGGCGAUCCAAUGCGGGGAUUAUCCCGCCCCAUCAAACAGGAUGACGCCAGCGACGCGAUCAAAGCCUACGACUUCGGUUUCGACGUCGAUAAUCGUGGCAAGCGCUCCAUCGCGGUUGCUCUGGACCAGCCGGAAGGGGCUGAACUGGUAAGGAAGCUGGUGGCUGGUGCCGAUAUUUUCAUGUGCAACCUGCUGGUCAAGCGCCAGGAAAAAUUUGGUCUGGAUCCGGCAUCACUGCUUGCGGUCAAACCCAACCUGGUCCACGCCACGCUUACCGGCUAUGGCACCACAGGACCUGAUGCCUGGCGACCGGGUUACGAUGUAACCGCUUUUUUCGGGCGUUCUGGUUUAUACGAUGCGCAACGUGAAGGGGAUGCGGGCGUUGUGCCUAUGGCCCGCCCUGCUCAGGGUGACCACACUACCGGCCUGGCCAUGGUCGCCUCUAUUCUGGCCGCUCUGCGCCUGGCAGAGCGCAGUGGCGAAGGCCAGGUGGUAGAAACAUCGCUGUAUGAAACCGCAGUGUGGACCCAGGCAACCGACUACGCUGUCACCGCUAUCGACCAUGCACCGGUGCGUCGUCGAGCACGUAAAGAGAUGCUUGCCAUCACAGCCAAUCGAUUCCCCUGUGGCGAUGGUAAAUGGGUGGUAUUCAAUAUGAUGCCAGAUUCCGCGUUCUGGUCACGAAUGUGUCAGGCCAUAGAAAUUGAAGAAUUGAUCGACGACGAACGUUUUGUCGAUUCUCGCUCGCGUUACCGUAACAUGACCGCGCUCAUUGACCUGGUGGAUGCCGCCCUGGCCAAACGCAGCCGCGACGAAUGGGGUGAAAUCUUUGACAAAGCGGGCCUUAUCUGGGGACCGGUAUUGGCCUUACACGAAGUCCCACAAGACCCUCAUGCAAUUGAACUGGGCAUGUUUCCUCAGGUCGAACACGAAGACAUCGGCACGUAUCGCACUGUGAAUAUCCCCAUGCGUUUUGCCAACGCAGAUGUUAAACCUCAGGGACCGGCACCGGAACUGGGUGAGCAUACCCGACAGAUUCUCAGCCAGGCUGGUUUUGAUGACAACGCUAUCGACAGCAUGACCGCAGAUGGCAUCAUCGGCAUGGGCAACAACCAGGACAACUCACAUCGCGGCACAUUCAAUAUGUCCCGCUCCGAUGAUCUGGUUGCACAUUGCAUCAACGCCCUGCUGGACCGAAACCCAAGUCUGGACCCGGCGCUGGUGGAAGAUGUCAUUCUGGGCUGCGGGCGACAGGUGGGCGAACAGUCUGCAAACGUUGCGCGCCAUGCGGUGGCGCUGUCCAACCUGCCGAUCACAGUACCGGCCACCACCAUCAGCCGAGCGUGCUCCUCGGGCUUGAACUCCAUCGCUUUUGCCGCCAGCCAGAUCAAUUCCGGUUUUGCAGAAAUCAUGAUGGCCGGCGGUGUUGAAUCCAUCACCGGCUUGAGCCGCGGUACGGAAGCUAAGUUUGCCGAAAACCCGACACUGACCGAGCAGAUGCCGGACAUGUACAUGGCCAUGGGCAAUACCGCUGAGGUGGUUGCACGACGCUACCAGGUCACGCGGGAAUCCCAGGACGCUUAUGCGCUGCAGAGCCAGCAGCGUUACGCGGCAGCGGAUGAGGCCGGUUACAUCAGUGACGAAAUAGCCCCCAUGCAGGUGCAGUGGCGCAAAAUUAUCGACAAGCAGAGCAAAGAAACGGAAAUCGUUACCGGCGUGGUGGAUCGGGACGAAUGCAAUCGCCCUAACACGACCCUCGACGGUCUCAGCCAGCUCGCCCCAGCAUUCGAAGAAGGCGGAUCUGUCACCGCAGGCAACGCAUCACAACUGUCAGAUGGCGCCGCCAUGACCCUGCUGAUGACAGAAGCCAAAGCUAUUGAACUGGGAUUGACACCAAUGGGUUAUUUCCGCGGCUUUACGGUAGCCGGCUGUGAACCGGACGAAAUGGGUAUUGGACCGGUUUUCGCUAUACCCAAAUUGUUAGACUAUGCUGGCCUGACUAUGGACGACAUUGAUCUGGUAGAGCUUAAUGAAGCCUUUGCCAGCCAGUGCCUGUACUGUCGGGAUCAACUGAAUAUUGAUAACGACAUCUACAAUGUCAACGGCGGUUCUAUUGCCAUAGGCCAUCCGUUUGGAAUGACCGGCACCCGCUUAACCGGCUCGCUGCUCAGGACUCUGAAACGGCAAAACAAAAAGUACGGCAUCGUGUCGAUGUGUAUCGGCAAAGGUGCUGGCACGUUAUUGCCCGGCGCUGCUCAAUCGGCUCCCACACCAGCGAGCAAUACCCGGGGUGUGCAGGCCUAUCGGCGCCUGGGUCGCACAGAAUUAAAAAUAUCUGACAUUUCAUUUGGCUCAUCGCGAUUGCGUACCGGUGAAGAAGCACUGGUGCAUCAUGCCAUUGAUCGUGGUGUUAACUAUUUUGACAGCGCGGAAAGCUAUACCGGCGGUGAAUCCGAAACAGUGAUCGGCAACGCCAUCAAAGGCCGUCGCGAUAAGGUAUAUCUGGUUUCAAAAACGCUGACCAGCAGCAGCACCAGCGCAGCGACCAUGAUGCACGAUCUGGAAGGGUCACUGCGCCGACUACAAACCGAUUAUGUAGAUGUGUACAUGAAUCACGCGGUUAACAGUGUUGACAGCGUUGGCAAUCCCGAGUGGCUGGCGUUUGUGGAUCAGGCCAAAACACAGGGGAAAAUUCGUUUCACGGGUAUCUCCGGCCAUGCCGGACGGCUGAUUGAGUGCCUCGACUACGCGAUAGACGAAGACAUGAUCGACGUCAUGCUGGUGGGUUAUAACUUUGGCCAGGACCCGGCGUUUUACGAGGGCUUAACCCGCGGUUUUGACCGCAUUGCAACCCAACCUGAUCUGCCGCGAGCCAUCAGCAAAGCAAAAGAAAAAGACAUCGGCGUCAUCGCGAUGAAAACAUUGAUGGGCGCGCGCCUGAACGACAUGCGACCUUAUGAACAAGCCGGCGCAGAAACUUUUGCCCAGGCUGCGUUCAGUUGGGCACUGGCGAAUCCGAACGUCGAUGCGCUGAUCAUUUCGAUGACCGGUAAAGAUCAGAUCGACGAAUAUCUCGGCGCCUCUGGCGCAUCGUUUGUCACUGCCCAGGCACGUCAACUGCUUGAUCAGUAUGCGCAUUUAAACGGCAACAACUAUUGUCGACAUGCCUGCAACCUGUGCGAAGGCGCCUGCCCCUACGGCGUACCGAUUGCCGACGUGCUGCGCACGCGCAUGUACGCAACAGACUAUGAAGACGUCAACUUCGCUCGGCGUGAAUACGCUCUAUUAGACAGCAACGCCAGCGCCUGCCUGAGCUGUUCCGGCGAACCCUGCCAGGAUGCCUGCCCCAACGGUAUCGAAAUUGACAAACUGAGUAUUCAGGCAUUGGCACUGGAAGAUGUAUUACAGGCUUUUAAAGACGGCGAACUUGAGCUGGACGACGCCUUAACCCGGGUACGCAGUCACUACUUUGAAGACAUUGGCCACACCCUUGUCGAUCAUGAUCGUCAGAGACGUACCGGCGCCGGUGAAGUGGUAUUUGGUUCCGGUAAAAGCCCGGAACAGAUAUCUGACAUUGUUGGGCAUCUGGUGGAACGUGAAUGCAACGUCCUUGUUACCCGGGUUGAGCCUGAAAAAUAUGCAGCUUUAACCGGCCUGCCCGAUGAUGUGAAGUAUCACCCGGAUUCAGCGCUGUUGAGCUGGGUCACCAAAGUACCCGAUACCCCACCCCACACCAUCGCUGUUGUCACAGCGGGCACCUCUGAUAUCAGCGUGGCCGAAGAGGCAGCGCUGACCGCGGAAUUUUUUGGCAAUACCGUACUACGGAUCAACGAUGUCGGUGUGGCAGGUUUGCACCGCAUCCUGUCACGCCUGGACGACUUACGUAGCGCACGUGUACUGGUUGUGGUUGCGGGUAUGGAAGGCGCGCUGCCCAGCGUUGUCGGCGGUUUAGUGGAUAAACCGGUGAUCGCGGUACCCACCAGUGUCGGCUACGGCGCUGCGUUUGAGGGUGUCGCCGCUAUGCUCGGGAUGUUAACCAGCUGUGCAUCGGGUGUAUCCGUGGUGAACAUCAACAACGGUUUUGGCGCCGGCUUCCUUGCCAACACCAUCAAUCAUAUAGAACAGAAAUACCAGGCCCUGAAGGACCAUCUGGCGCAGUACGACAGCGUUAUUGUGGCUUUCUCUGGCGGCAUUGACAGCUCAUUAGUCGCCUACGUUGCCGGGCAGGUUCUGGGGAAAAAAGCACGCGCGGUGACGUCCGCGUCCGCAAGCCUGAAGCGUGCGGAUCUGGCCCUGGCGGAAAAGCUUGCGGAAGACUGGGGUAUUCAGCACGAGGUCAUUGUGACCGACGAGUUGUCAAAACCCGAAUACCGCGCCAACCCGACCAACCGUUGUUUUCACUGCAAGACCUCGCUGUACACAUAUCUGGAUGAAAUGGCGAAAGAUGGCGGCAUCGAAACGGUUCUGAACGGUACCAAUCUUGAUGAUCUUGGCGACCAUCGCCCGGGUCUCGUCGCAGCCGAUAACUUUGAAGUGCGCUCACCCCUGGUGGAAACCGGGUUUCACAAAGCAGACAUACGCGCUUUAGCAAACGCGCUUGGGCUCGAGAACGCGGAGAAACCUCAGGCGGCAUGUCUGUCCAGUCGUUUCCCUUACGGUACUCACAUCACCCAGGCGUUGCUGGCUCAGGUAGAGGCCGCAGAGGACGUUCUGGCAGAACUGGGUUUCACCCAGUUUCGCGUCCGUCACCAUGGCGACGUCGCUCGCCUGGAAAUACCGGCAGCGGAAAUGACAAAGGCUAUCGAACUCCAGGACCAGCUACAAACCAGAAUCCAGGCCGCGGGCUAUCAUUUUGUGGCGCUGGAUCUUGGCGGCUUUCGCUCAGGCUCACUCAACGUGACGCUGACACCUGAGCAGAAAGUGCAGGUUGUGAAUAUCGUCCAACCAUAG